AUGGAAAGUUUCCUUUCUGCAGUCCUCGGUGAGCUGAUGACUCGAUCCAUAAAUUUCAUCAUCAGCAAGUGCUCGAAGCCGCCAGCACUGGUUGUGGAGGAAAGCCUACAAAGGGCUCUUCUUCGGGCACAGGUCAUCAUCGAGGAGGCCAUGGGACGGCACAUCACAAAUCAAUCUAUGAUCCACCAGCUUGACAUGUUGAGAGACGCCAUGCACCAAGGCUAUUAUGCACAUGAUGCCUUCAGGUACCAGCCUUACUAUGUAGAAGAGGAUGGCAAAGAUCAAGCUGUGAAUUACUUUAUCUCCGUAUCCAAGGUACCCUCUCCAAUGGAACCCUAUUUCUCUGGUCAAACUGCAAGAUUCCUUCAACAACUACGAGAGGCACUUGACAGAUUGAGCUCCAUGAUUGUUGAUCUGAAUGAGUUGGUCAUGUUCUUGAUGAGCUAUCCUUGCCUGUAUCGCCAGCCUUACAGCAUGCAUAUCGUUCUGGGCAACUGCAUGUUUGAUCGCCAGAUGGAAGCAGAACUUAUCAUUAAAUUCCUUUUGCACACAAAACCUCACAGUUCUGAAGAAUCGGAGGUCCUACCACUUGUUGGUCCAUUCAGAGUCGGUAAGAGUACCCUAAUUGCUCAUGUUUGCAAGGAUGAAAGAGUCCGUGAUUAUUUCUCCGAAAUCUUGUGGCUGCACGACUGUGAUUUUACAGAUGGUGAGCUAACUUUCAGACAGGGAUGUGCAACGAAACAUCAAAAUCAUUUGUCAAACUUGAAGAAAGGCAAGAGAUUGCUAGUUGUUAUUGAACUAUAUGAAAAUCUCUGUGAAGAUGCAUGGAAUAGGUUUUAUCUUGCUUCCAAACGUAGCUUUCUUAGUGGUAGUAAAAUAAUAGUCACAAGCUGUUCAGACAUGAUUGUAAUGUUUGGAACAACACCAGCUCUAACUCUGAAGUACCUGUCCCCUGAGGCUUACUGGUAUUUCUUCAAGACACUUACAUUUGGAAGCAUGGAUCCCGAGAUGCACCCUAGGCUUGCACAACUGGCCAUGGAGAUAGCCAGACUGCAGCAUCGUUCAAUUAAUAGUGCAUAUAUCAUCUCUUGUUUGUUGAAGGACAAUUUUAGCAUACACUUUUGGUGUAAGGUUCUGGGCUUCAUGAGAGGGUUCAUCCAGACGUGUGUCUCCAAAUUCGGCGUGCAUCCAUUUGAUCUUCUAAACCAAAACAAACCUGUACAGCUUCGAAGAAUGGCUGCACCUUCUGAAGAUUUCAUGAUUUGUCAUCAUUAUCACCUCUCAACUGAAGAGGAGGUUCUAGAGAUAAGAAUCCAAGAUGUGAUGUAUGGAAGCAUUAAGAAACAAGGAAAAAUUGAGGUCCUAGUAUGGAGAUCUCAGAUACCCCCCUACUACAGCUAUGUCAAUGUUUGUGAGAUUCGAGAGCGAAAAAUUACAGGUGCAAAGAGGAAGCACUGGAUGAAAGAUGGACCCACAUUCUGUUAA